AUGGCCAUGCAGCGACCAGUGACGCCCUCGGCCUCCUACCAAGCCGUGCCACAGGUCGACGAUCCAGCCUACCUCAGCAGAGGAUACGGCACUGGCACCAAUGACUUUGCAUCCUCUCCACCAGCAACGCACUAUGAUCGCUCUCGCCUCGGCAGGUUCGAGGAAGACUUCGACGCGCCCACUCGGGGCACUUCAGUCAUUGACGGCGACAUGCACCCGCGCUCCUCCUCGCGCUCCUCUACCCUGAACCAAGGCCUCACGCCUUCACGCGGUGGUACCUUGAAGAAGAAGGGCUCCGUAAAGAGGAGUGGCAGUCUCAAGCGCAGUGGAAGCAGAAAGUCCUUGCACGCUGGCAGCAUUCGUGGCGUGGCCAUCGACGACCAGGAACGUGGCUACGAUCGCGAGAAUAGUGUCUUCUACACACCCGUCCCUACCAAAGGCUCACCUACCGAAAUCCUAGCAGAGCGCUUUCAAACCUGGCGCAAGUUCCUAAAAGACCUCAUUACCUAUUUCCGAGAGGUCGCUGCUUCCUACGAACACCGAGCCAAGUCACUCCUCAAAGUCUCAAACGUAAUCAACAACACCAAUGCGCCCUCUGUGCUCCUCACCGAGGGAGGCUUAAACGACGCCAACCGCAUCCUCCGCGAUUUCCACAAGCAGGCAAUUGCUGAAGCCAACAAGGCCCGGGACGUGGAGACAGACGUCAUCAACCAACUCAGUAGUCUCCGCGCCGACCUGGCGCAAAAGAUCAAGGAAAUCAAGUCUCUUUCAGGAGACUUCAAAAACAAUGUUGAGAAGGAAAAGGAAAUCACCAGAAAAUGUGUGACAGCACUUGAGGAGGCUCUCGCAACAGCUGAGGCAGACCCUACAGCUGCUGCUGGCAAGGGUGAUCCAUAUGUCGUCCGCUUGGGCGUCGAGCGACAGGUCGAGAGGCAGAUUGACGAGGAGAACUACCUACACAGGGCAUACCUUAACAUUGAAAACUCUGGUCGCGAACUCGAGUCGAUUGUCGUUGGCGAAAUUCAAAAGGCCUAUAACGCUCUGGCCAGCAUUUUGAAGCGCGAGGCGGAUGAGCAGUACAACACGGUUGAAAGACUGCGGAAUGGCCCAAUUGCCAUGCCCCGUGACCUCGAAUGGAGCAAGUUUGUGAGAAGCGAUCCUCACUUUGUCGACCCCGAUCUACCAUUGCGUAAACUCGGGGACAUCCAGUAUCCCGGCAAAUACCACCCAGCCACCACAGAGGUUAGGGCUGGUAUGCUCGAGAGAAAGAGCAAGUACCUCAAAUCAUACACCCCAGGCUGGUAUGUCUUGUCGCCAACCCAUCUCCACGAAUUCAAAUCUGCCGAUCGCAUCUACACUCAGCCUCCAGUCAUGUCCUUGUAUCUGCCAGACCAGAAGCUUGGUUCUCGUUCCCAGCCCGGAAGUUCCUCCCACAAGUUCGUUAUCAAAGGCCGUCAAGCUGGAUCCAUGCACCGUGGCCAUACUUGGGUAUUCCGGGCCGAGACUUACGAUACGAUGGUGGCCUGGUUUGAAGAUAUCAAGGCCUUGACAGAGAAGAGUGGCGAAGAGCGCAACGCUUUUGUUCGCCGACACGCAAGUGUUAGGAGCACCAGCGCUGGCAGCGCCCGCUCGGCCAGCUCCGACGGCGGUCUCGAGGAAGACGAGGCAGACGCCGUUCCAUUUUCCGCCAACCAGUCAUUGAAAGAUCAAGCCAGGGACCAGUCCUCGACGCGACCUACACGACCUUCUCCAGGUGGGCGAUUUCCGUCUGAUUUAAUGGUCAACCGUAACUUACAAGCGCCCCUUUCGCCAUCUAGUGGAAGUUCGGAGGUCAAUUAUGAUUUAACAACUGCAUCUGGGGGACCACCACAAGAAAUGCACCCCAUGUAUCUCGGGCACGAAUCAGCACACCAGCCCCUUGAGCCUAUGCAGCACGCGCAGUAUGCCCAGCCAGACCAACAACAACCACAUCAUACGUACGAAAAUCCAUACACUGCCCAGCAAUCGUAUGCACCUGCAGCCCACGACUAUCCUGUUCAACCUAUCCAAUCUGAGAGCCACUAUCCAAUCUACCCUGAAAACGACCAGCCCCUUCAACGUCACGAUAGUAACAACUAUGGUAACUGGAUUGCACCCGCCGCUGGAGGAGCAGCGACUGUAGCCCUAGCAAAUGAAGCAUACCGGAAGAAACAAUUGGCCCAGCAACACGCAGAAGCUCGACAGCAAGAAUUGAACGGUCAGUCUCAGACCAUGAAUUAUUCACAAGAUCAUUCUGCCCACGUCCAUGAGCAAUACUCUGGUGAGAUCAGGCCUGAUCAAAUCGAUGAUACCGGUUACGUUGCUCCCAAUGUGCAACCAACGUCUGCACCAAUCGUUGCUCCCAUCAUGGACAAUCAGACCCAUCCUCAGCAAACCAACGGUGCUGAAACACCAGUCACUACGUCGUCUUUUUUAGGCGAGUCUGAGGUAGGCGCCGCCCCUACCUCUGGCAAGACUGUCAAUGGCGGCCCUGUUCCUGUUGAGCUGGUAGACACUGCUGAGGAGAUGGUACAGCCUGGAAUGGUCAAGCGGACAGGCACUGACUUCAGUGUUAGCGAUCUUCAUGUUCCGGGCCAGUAUCCGAGGACCAGUAUCAGUGAUGCCACAAUCACCCCAAGGGUACCUAAUGGUAUUGCAACAACGCAGUAG